GUUGUUUGUUUGCUUUCAUCAUCAAAGUUGGUAGAGUGAACGUGAACCGUAGCAUGUAUCUGUCCUACUCCCAAUAAAAACAUCAACGAAUUAUAGAGGAAAAAAGAACUAUUGCCACUUUUCCCAAAUCAUAAACAUCCGAUACGCAAAGACAUAAAUAUAGAAUUUAAAAAAGCGCGCGAAAUAACAUUUCCGUGAUAAAUCAUGGCAGUGCUCAUUUUGAUCAAUAUGAAACGCGUACAUCAUGUUAUUUUUGAAGGUGGUGCGUAAAAAAACGAUACACUUGAUCACACCGCCAAUGUUUACAAUAAUCUGACCUAAUUCGGCCGUGAUAUGCCCCGCAAAGAGAAAACACACCCAACCUUCAUAGUUGUUUUUGUUGUAACAAAAAACAAAAGGAGUGUCGUGCAAAAUUUGGGUCGUUGGAUUUUUUUGCUCGCGAUUCACUUACGAAUUUUUUUAUUCAUAAAAACGAAGAUGAACUAGAAAACUGUUUUCUGUGCGGUUUUUUUUUGUUCGUCUUAAAUAAUUGGCUAGAUGAAAUGGCUGUUUAGACAUAAUAAAUCCUUUUGAUGGUCUUCAAUCGGUUUUUGUGUGACUUGUUUUUGUUUAUUUCAUGACUGUUUUCAUACGCCACUUUUUUCACAUGAGAACAAUUUCGAUUGCUACCGAUGAGAUAUUGCUGAUUUGUGCGUAAUUUCGCGAAAAGCCAUUUUUCAAAUGGUUGAGUUCAAUUCGUUUAUGAAAUGAUGCAAGAAAGUUGUUAAACAUGUGAUAUUCGGCGUGACUGAAAAUGCGCGCUUGGAAAAUGUUUGGAGUGGUGAAUGUCACCAGAGUAAAAUACUUGGAACACAUAGAUUGAAUAUUCGUCGCAUAUCCCAUUAAAAAGUUAAUUUGCUGUUUGACAUCGUUCAAUUUGUUAUGUUUUAUUGGUAAUGGCACCACUCUCAAAAUUGGCUCGCGAUCACAUCGUUUUUUAUAUUAUUCUGCCGUAAAUUUUGUGUGUGAGAAUUAAAACGUAAUUUUUGCCCAUAAGAAAAAUAAAUAAAAAUAUUCGAGGUGAUUUUGACCGAUGACAAAGGAGAAAAAACGCAGAGAAUAUACUGCAGUCACCCAAAUAUGUUUGUAUUCUAUAAAUGUGUGGAUUAGUCAUACUCCACAAAUCGUUGAAUGAAUGAAUUUGGCUCAUAUGCCGACAAUAAUUCAGAUUGGCUCUUAAAAUACAUGCAAAACAAAGGCAUAAACAAAGACAAAAACAAAAACAUCAUCUAAUGCGCAAAAAUGCGAAUAUCACGAAACAGCGACAGACAUGAAUUUUGGCAAAAAAGCAAUGGUAAAUUCUUUUGAAGCUGGGUGAAAAUCAGAAAAUGCACUUUAAAAUAACAUUCGAGCCAAAACGAAGCCGGCCAAAGAAAUAUUGUGAUGACAAUCUCAUUCUGGACGAUGUGCGGUGUCACCGUGUUGACGAGAUGAAUAUUCUGAAAAUGCGACGAAGUCCGAAUUCCCGAGUUUGCAGGUUUACGUACGAUGUAUGCUCGGUGAGCCAGCCAACGGCCACCGAUGUGAGUGAGAGAGCAAGUGUGUUUAUUCGAUUGGCCUAAAAAUAAAUCCACAUAAAAAAUAUCGUAUUGGCGGCGUACGAUCUGUACUUUAUUGAAGUUGUGGGCACGGCAUACACUCCGUGACAAAACGUAUAAAUGCCAGAUGGCUUGAUACUCCGCCGAUCAGUUUCAGUUGAAAUUUCAAGCAUCUAACACCGAAGUGAACGGAGUGACGUGAAUUUUCUUUGUUCGGUUUUUUUUUGCGUGUGAAUUUUCAGGGAAAACGAAAGUGAAAAACAGAAAGCAUAGAAAAAAUGGUUGCGAAAAUCGAUUUAAUCAGUGAAGCUAGCCACAAGCAUGCGGGCGAAGUUACAGCCUUGGCUUUUGACGGCGAUCAUUUGUACUCAGGCAGCGCAGAUGGAGUUAUUAAUAUGUGGUCAAAAGAUUUGCAAUUCAAUCGCGAAAUUCCAGUCCACAAAGAUUUUGCAGUGCUCGCAUUAGUAGCAAAUAGCCAUAAGCAACUUUAUUCAUGUGGACGUGAUGGUAGUUUGCGGUAUUUCCGCCGCCCAUGGAGCCACGACAACAAUGACAUCCUUUUGCAAACGGUCCAGGAUGAUGUGACCGCACUUUAUAUUGCAAACGAUGUUCUUUUCUCUGGCGACGAUAAGGGUAUCGUCACAAAAUGGUACCACAAUCAAGUCGGUGCACAAUACAACGUAGCCGAAGAAGUGAAGAGCAUGGCUGUCGAAGAAAAUAAUUUGUACACCGUUCGCGAAACAGAUGUGCAAAUCACUGAUAUCACUCCACACAUGAUGAGCCAAGUGACAAAAGGAGUAAUUCCAGGGCGUGCCCCAUUGAUUUUGUUCGGAACCCAGAAGCCAUUUAUUCCUGACAGUGUACCAAUGGGCCGUCGCGCAUCAUAUGUACCAGAAAUCAUCAAGACCAAGAAAUACGUCGUCUCUGCCACCCGUGACGGCAAAGGUAUUGUCGUUAGCAACAACGGAACAUUCAAAGUACUCGCCACUAAAGAGAAUGCCCACACAAUGAUCAUCAACGUAAUGUGCGAACUCGACGAUUUCCUCAUCACAGCUGGAUUCGAUGGCAAGGUCAAAAAAUGGAAGGACUUGGAAACAAAACCAGUUCUCGUCGAAGAAAUCGACACCGGCAAAUGCAUAAACGCUCUGAUCGCUGGGCCGGAACAAAGCUCGUCGGUGUUUGUAGGUGAUUCAGACGGAUUUGUCAAGCGUUUGAAAUUUAGUGCAUAAGAAUAGAAAUCAUACAGAAGCAUAUACCAGAGGUCAUUUUUCUUACCUUGCUAUAAAUAUACAUAAUUUUUUGUUCUUUUUCUAUUUUUGUUGUUUUUGAGAAUUUAUUUGGAGGAAAAAACAAAAUCGGUCUAUGAAUAGCAGCAUAAGCGAGUGUGCGUGUGAGAUCAAGCGCUGCGAAAAAGCAAAGUAUUAACUAUAAUUUUUAUGUUUUUUUCAUGACACUCGCUGUGUAGCACUACAUGUUCGUCGAAAUUUUCGCUUCAGCUCUGUCAAUGUCUUUUUUCCCGUAGGUUUCUUUUGCGGUCGUUGAAUGAGCGAAAUUUUUUAGAUGAUUUCUAUUUUCCAUAAAUUGUUUUCAUUAUCACUUUCUCUCUAUUCUAUCUCCUUUCGAUGUAAGUCUUAGAAAAUAUUUAUUUCGUUUGUAGAAUGAGAUCAACAGAUUAUGGAUAUUAUAGCCGUUUGGCAGAAUAUUUGUGUUCAGUAUAAUAUUCAGGCAAACAACAACAACACACACAGUUGUUGCUGUAUACUUUUUGUGUGAAUAUUAAUAUUUUCCAAUAAGUGUUUAGAAGAAGAAAAAAAAGACGGAAAAAAUAUACAAGAAAGAAAGAUGUGAA